CGUGUGAAAAACCAAACACCGGAAGUGCGGUUAGAGUUGCUGCACGUGUGUUCUCCAGCAACAGAAAAAUCGCCCUCAAGUUUGUUUCACAUUAAAGCGAGACAUGACGAAGGUAAAGAAGGAGAAAACUGUCGAGGAGGAGACCGGAGGAACGGAGAAAUCCUAUCAAGAAUUAAUAGCUAAUGUAAACCCAAUCGCAAACCCGCUUGCAUCGCGUAAACUAAGCAAAAAGCUCUACAAGUGCGUCAAAAAAGCGGCUAAAAUCAAACAGAUCCGACGAGGAGUAAAAGAGGUACAGAAAUUUCUCAACAAAGGAGAGAAGGGUAUUGUGGUGUUAGCUGGAGACACUCUUCCCAUCGAAGUGUAUUGCCACUUACCAAUCAUGUGUGAAGACCGAAACCUGCCCUAUGCUUAUGUGCCAUCUAAAGUUGAUUUGGGCUCAUCAGCUGGAUCGAAGCGUCCCACCUGUGUUAUCAUGGUCAAACCUCAUGAUGAAUAUAAAGAGGCCUAUGAUGAGUGUCUGGAGGAAGUCACGUCUCUGCCCAAACCAAUCUGACGACACUUGAAUGUUUUGUAUUUUUUUUAAAGACGAGUGAAUAUAUCAAAUCAAGUUCGAAUGGCUGUGAGUGACUUUGGAUGGUGUUCAUGUUCACCUGUGCAUCUGUCAUGUCAUUUAGAGACUGAAACCAAUUCUGUGGACUUCAUUAGCAGAAAGAAGCACGAAUGUAUGAUAGCAGGUAAUGUGAUGUUGUGUAACAUAGUGGAUGGAGCUGUUGUUCAGCCUGUUGUGUUUCUCAGUAUUUGACACUCUUGAUCUCCCUUAUGCUUCAUGUAUUGAUUGGUUUGCUUUUCAUUUUUCAUAACUGCUUUGGGGCAGUGGACCCCAGAGAGCUCCAAGUGAUGUCAAAAUAAACUUUUUCUCUUUU